AGCGUGGCGUGCACAUCGUAUUGUUUCGCGUGUUAUGGGUGUUAUGUUAGCACCCGUGGAAAUUCCAUCCUCUUUGAGUCAAGUUAGGAUCUAUGCACGCUAACGGGUAAAAGCAAAAGUUUUUAACUCUAUCCGGUGUGCGUACGUGGUGGUAGUGGUAUGGUGAACGAAGUUUUGUUUGGGUGCGUUUCAUUGCCAUCACAACCAACCGACCGUGCUACGAGGGGGGUCUGAUGAUAAUGAUCGUCAUUAUCAUCAUCAAUGCUACCUCCAGUGGCUAAUAGCCAAGACGUCAUUAACCAGCAGGUUGGUUGACGUACUGAAUUAUAGGAUACCUCCGCACGAUUUUUUUUCCAUUCCCAUGAUGAUAGGAUAUACAAACUAUGUUCACCACCCACCGCGGCUAGUAGUCGCAAGGUUCAGGAUUCAACGCGUUCGAAUAAGCGAAUUAGUUCUUGAGUGAACGGCUUUAUGGAAGGACCGAGAGCAACAAUAAGAAAAAAUCGGCGUGACCCUUAAACUUAGACUUAGCUGGUUUGUUAUCGUCAUUCCGGAAUGGUAACCUACGGAUGUAGGUAGUGGCAGUGCAAUUUCACACCCAACAGAUUGGAAACAUUGAUUGAUUUCCAAAUAAUGUAAUCAACGCUGACAAAGAAAAACUACGAAUCGUGAAAGUGGUAGAAAAGAAACCAUCACACUGAAUUAUUUAUGAAUAAGUGUUUAGGGGAAAGAAAUCCGUUCCAGCCGCGGCGUGGCGUUAAGGGUGGUAAAUUUAUCGAAUAUAAUUUCAUGGGAUUCUUACACGCCAAUUCUUCGAGCUUCGGUUGGGUGCUUGAGUGACGUGAACUUGCAGUUAAAUAGCGAUUUGUUACCGGGCUCAGAUUGAAGUGUGCAUGGCCUUGGAGUGGCGGACGCAAAGGACUGCGUGAAUUGGCGAAUUGAAGCGAUACGUACAGUAACAGGAGGAGAACAGCGAGCGGGCUGUGUGCGGAAAAUUGAGCUGGUUGAAGAUUCAAACUUCAAUUAUACUCGGAACCAGAAGCCCACCAACUAAAGAGUAAAAGAACAGCGACCGCACUAACCAAUAUCCCACUCGGCUGAAUAAGCACCGAACCACCACCCACCGAUUACGAAAGCUAAAAAUGUCUUUGAAAAGAUUGGCCGUAAUCGCUGCUGUUAGCACGCACAAUAGCUUCAGCAAUCAGACGGUUUCCUACUACAACGCCUACACUAACCAGACGACGACGACUAACAGCAUUCGUGGUAGCUCCGGUCACAACCAUCAAGGAUUGCAAAGCAUGCGACCGGGGGCGAAUCUGCACGGCAAUGUCAACAUUAUGCUCGGCGGGGCCAUGCUGUCAGUGGUAAUCACCGUUGUUUGUUUCGUUUGCUACUGCUGCCAUCGGAAUAUCAAGAAACGAUCGAACUCUAUUUACCGACAACAAUGGCUGGAAAAUGAAGCCAAUAUGGAAAUUUACAGCGUCGAACAGUGUUACGACACCCCGGCGUCGAGCGCAGCGGGCAGCAGCAACUUAUUUUUGGACAACACCACCGGCAACGAAUACCAAUCGCUUCCGGCAAUGACCUACGGCCACCAUCAUCAUCAUCACUACCACCAUCCCCAUGGUCCCCCGCCAAGCUACGACACGGUGCUGGCCCAGGAUGAAAUGGUCGGCACGACACGACGGAAGAGUUUUGAUUUGGGUGCACUGCCACCCGAAGGGGAUGCAAACUCCCGCGGGCCGGCCGCUAAGUUCGACGCUCUGCUGUACGAUUUAGUUGGCAAUCAGCGACGCAAGCGGAAUCGCCCAGUCGGCCCGGAGUUUUGUGACUUUAGUGGCAUCCUCAGGUCACCGGGUUGCGGAGAAAUUGCUACCACGACGACGACGACGACGGCGGCGACGGCGCACGGAAAUUGCAACUGUCAACUGAGCGAUAAUCUGCAAGUGUACUGCCGGAACUGCGGCCAAUUUGUGGAUGGCGAGGUGAUGCAAAAUCAUGGCAUUAAUAAUAAUAAUAAUCAUUACUACGAUAACAUCAGCAACUGCAAUACGGAGGGGGACGAUGCGAAUUGGCUUCGGGUAGUUACUAUUGGAGCCGACAAUCUGCUAGGUUGCAAUGGCAGUAGUGAUGACAACGGUAACAAUCAGUCAGCUAACAAUGAGGGCAUCUGCCGGAGGGACAACUGUCAGAUUCGCAGCUUGGGAUUGAAUGCACUAUUGCAAGAUUUUCAAUUCCAUUCAGUAGGUGCCACUAGUGCUACCGGUAGUAACAGUAACGAGCUCUAUUCGUCGUCGGAUUGCAUCAACAAUAAUAACAACAACAACAAUAUCGAUGAGUCAGAUUGUACCGGUGCCAACCACAAAUCCGGCGACGAUGACACCGACGAGGUGAAUAAUAACAAUAAAAGCCCUAGUGUUGCAACCGCGCCGGAACCCGUCAGAUCUAGAACAAUAUUGAAUAGUGGCACGACCGACAUUACCGACAAUGCCAUCGGCGGUGGUGACAGUAAUAACGCUAAUAGCCCUACCGGUGGUAACGAUUUGACUGUUGGGGUAGAUUCAUCUGUUAACGCUGCUAGUGCUGCUGGUGCCAAUCAUCGUGCCAGUGAUAAUGGGAACGGCGGUGCAGGGCGAGAGCAUGACACUUUUCGUAACUUGGCCGAGAAUGGUUUCGUCCGGUUGGACAUGAGUCAAAUCAUCGACCGGACCGGUUUGCCAACGUACGAAGCUGCCCUGCGGUUAGAAUCCAGUGGUUAUGUUUAGGGAGCCCAGGAUCGGACCGGAAGUAUGGAUUUAUAUUGCACCGAGCGUGAUGCAACCGGAAGUACUUAUUACAAUGGCCUUUGAAGUAAAAUAUUAUACGUAUUAUUAUUAUUCUUCUGACCAUGAAGAAAUAGGGUGUAGUUUGUUUUAGAAAUCACGUUACUGCUUUGGAGUAUAGUAGAUGAGAUGCAAGUCAAUGCUUACUGUUAUUAGACAAUGAUCAGGAAUCUCAAAUCUACUAAGACAGCACAUCCUCAUUAAUUUGUAGUAGAUAUUCGUUGUACAAGUUUAUGAAAUUAGUACGUCAUACAUAGGUGCACAAAUAAUGUAAAUUGCUUAAAUUAGUGUACUUUUCCUUACUCGAUAUCAAAGGGACCAUCGACUAAAGGAGUAAAAUAAUGAGACAGCCUACUAGAAUAAAAUCUAGAGCAAAUUUGUUAACAUGUAUUAUAGAUAAAGCGAAUACUAUCAAGCCAGAACGAUAUUGCAAUUGCAAUGAUUAAUUCUUUACCAUUCUGAAACUAGAAAAUCAGAAAUACAAACAAAAGCUUGUAGAAAAGAGGAGUAGAGCAAAUCCAUGCAAAACAACGCAAACAUAGAUCAAUAGUCGACUGUUUUACUUUCGAUUAUAGAAACAAAUAUGUAUAGUUAUUCUUCUCCACAGUAAUACAUGGUAGAGUCCAUGAUUCUACUGGAAGUAUACCUCGAUUUGACGUACUCCCGAUUUAGUUUACCAUUGUGUCUACUCAAUAGAAAAAAUAUUCUUGACUUGUCGAGGUUUUCUGUGAAAAAUGUAAGAAGGCACGAACUUUUAGCAAAAAAAUUAAGAAAUAAAUAAAUAUAGAUUCUAUUGUUGUUUGCGUUCUCACUUUAUUGCGACGUGAAUUAUUGUUUUAAUGUAUUGUACAGAUAAACGAAAAUAAAUAAAAUAUGCAAAAUGAGGAAACCGGCCGACCGCAAAAUAUGACCAUCGUCGAUUCGAACGAAACUUUGCAGGAGUGUUCGCUGUAUGAAUCUACAUGAUAUUCUCUGGCAAUUGGAAUGCAACGUUCUCUUUGACAUCAAGGCGAUAUUGUAAACCAUUUGAAAGUUACAUGAAAGCCACCAAAAUAUAUUUCAACCAUAGGGUCUGUUGAUUAAACUAUAUAGCUGAAUCAUAUGUUGGUUGUUUUCAUGUAACUUUAAAAUGUUUCACAAUAUCGCCUUGAUGUCAAAGAGAAAGUUGCAGGAAAGUUUACGGGCCUUUUGAAAAACCUAUUAUUGUUGAUGGAGAAACGCGACUAACUUAUGAAAAGGUCGUAAUAAAACAAAAUAAUUGCGUUGUUAAAACAAAAGUUAAAAU